AUGCGCGUCCUCUUAGAUGUACAUCCAGAUGUUCGAUGUGGUCCUGAGACUCAUAUCUUGCCUCUAAUCCUCAAUCUAUAUACCUUCAAAAUCAAAUCAUUGCACACUCGUUUGGAAUUGGCUAAUAUAACAGAGGAUCUAGUUGAUUCCAUUUUCAUUAAGGCUAUUAGUACUCUUAUUCAUGAAAUUGGCCCACCAGCGGAGAGAAUGUGUGCCAAGGAUCCCUUUAUUGAUCUGUGCCUCAAACAACUUCUUGACCUCUAUCCAAAUGCAAAGUUUAUUCUGAUGGUUCGGGAUGGACGAGCUGUAACUCAAUCUAUUUUGAGGUAA